CCUCAUGCUAACGUUACUCAUUGAGCCGCCCGCAAGCAGAGCCGGAUAUUCAUACAGAUGGUAAUGAUAAUAAAUAAUAAUAAAUAAUAAUAAAUAAUAAUAAUAAAAGUAUUUCCGGGUCAUUGUGAACACUUUACGAGCUGAACGCAUGAAGAGUCUAUCUCUCCCUCCGUGAUGCUGUCACUUAAAGAUAAAGACUGUCCAGUCAUCAGGAAGCUGUUGGCGUCUGGCUGCUGUGGGAGAUGCGUCCUCAGGUUCUGCUGUGUGGGAAAAUAUUCGGCAUAUCAGCAGUCCUGUGAGGACCUACGUAAAGAGCUGUUAGUGUUCCUCAGUGAGCAUGAUGGCGAGCAAUCCCAUGAUGCCUCAGGAGAGGCCGAGGCGGGGGACCCGCCGUGUAAGAAAGUGAAGUUGGAGUCAUCUGAGCCUUCGUCUGGGGAGAACGCCAGCGUGGAAGGCGAGUCUGAGCCGUCAGGGGUGUGUGUGGCGUGUGUCGGGGUGCUGCAGGACUUCUGCGGUCAAACUUACGCCAAACAGGUGUCCGAGGCAGUGAGGAAAGGCGACUACCAGUUUGAGAGUCUGAUGCUGGCCGUGUCUCUUCCUGCUCAGCUGUCCGUCAGAGAGCACUCCUGCUGGUUACACAUCAAGAAGGAAGUCAGGGAGAAGAGCAUGUAUCUGGAUAAGGAGGACGUGGUUCAGGUGAAGGACGCCUUCAAGUGGGCCGUACAGGGACUGGUGGGCAAGGAGCUGGGAGCAACGGUGCUCACUAACAGUGCCUUUGAGGUCAGCGUGGGUUUCGUGCAUCCAGAAACAGACGGAGACUGCCACUUCCUGGCUACGGAGUGUCCGGAUUGCUUUAAACCGACGAAGAACAAGGCUUCUGUGUUCACUAGGAUGGCUGUGGUGAAGGCGCUGGAGAAGAUCUCGGAAUCAAAGUUCCUCAGACAUUACCCGUGUCCACCUGUCUCACCCUCCAGCACGUGCACUCCGCUUCAGACCACAUGCCUGCAUACAUCUGUCUUCAUAGCAGGGAGGUAUAAUAAGUUCUCCCGGGAGCUUCCUCAGACCCCCUGGGUGAUAGAUGGAGAGAGACGGAUGGAGGGAUCGGUGGAAGAGUUGAUCGCCGAUCCUCUUCUGGCCGCCUUCAAAGCUGAUGGUUUCAACUUCUGCUCAUCGGGGAGAGAAGACGUGGACGUACGGACUUUAGGAAACGGACGUCCGUUCGCCAUCGAGCUCCUGAACCCACACAGAGCGAAGUUCAACAAAGCCGAAAUAAGACAACUUCAGGAGACCAUCAACACGGCUUCCGACAAAAUCCGAGUCCGAGAUCUGCAGAUCGUAACCAGAGAAGCUACAAGUCGGAUGAAAGUGGGAGAAGAAGAAAAGACCAAGUCCUACAGCGCCCUCAUCUGGACACAGAAGCCUAUAACAUCGGCAGAUCUGGACUUUUUGGAAAACAUCAAGGAGCUGAAGAUCGAUCAGAAAACCCCACUCCGAGUCCUCCAUCGCAGGCCGCUUGCCGUCAGACAGAGACUCAUUCACUCCAUGAGUGCAAGCUACCUGGAUACACACCACUUCACACUGCAGCUACGCACCCAGGCUGGGACCUACAUUAAAGAGUUUGUUCACGGAGAUUUCGGCCGGACGAAGCCCAACCUCGGGGCCCUCAUGGAGACGGAGGCGGACAUCCUGGAGCUGGACGUGGAGUCGGUGGAUGUGGACUGGCCUCCUGCUGUACCCGAGUGAGCGACGGACACACAUCCUGAGGAAAUCUCUGGGGAAUUCCCGUCUCCAUGACAACUCCCGCACACCGUAUUUCCGCGUCGUAGCCCAGUACCACGUUGAUGACGACGUCAGCACAUGCUAAGCCUUAUACUUUCAGUAAACCUGACUUACUGGGGAUAUGGUGUUGAUUUUAAUCUUGUAUAAAAUCUGUUUAAAGUUUAUUUUGGACCGGUGUCUGGAACGGGUCUUUCGUUUAAGCGCCUCAGUCGUGUUUUCUGGCACAGAAGAGCUAGGAAUAUGCUGGAUGUAUCUUUUCUUUUUAAUUUGUUGCUUAGAAAGUUUAAUCAGGACUCCUGUCAAGUUCUGUAUAUUUUCUGUGAAUAAACCUCAUCAAUAAUCAGUCUGUG